AUGGCCGGAACACGACGGAGACAGCCCCAGAGCAUGCUUGUCCAAGCGUAUGAGCGCGGCGAAGACGGCCCCGGUGCGCGCGUUCACAAGCGACACAGGCCCGCUAGCACAAGCACAGCACCCGGCCCACCGAGCAACAACCAGUCAUCCCUGCCUGACGCGCAUACACUUCCCAAGGACGAGCGUGCCGUACCCCCGCACGAGAAGGAGGCAGACCGCCGAGUACCAUGCGCGCUCUCUACGGCGAACGGCGGGAAGCCAUUCCUCCCCCGCCUGCGCCGCGCGGUCUUGUACGUCGAUUCGGCGUUCGACGUGGACCUCCUGCUCCUUGUCCCGCGGACGCUGUGCCACCUCGAUGUGCAGCCCUGGGACGAGGUGUACAGCCCGAAGUAUGAGAUAUUGACGAAGACGGAGUCCGACGACACAAGCCCGUUGGUGCAAACCCAACAGGCAUCCGGCGCGGCGUGCAACGGCCUGCCGAGCAACAGCUGGGGCCUGGGCAUACCCCAGCUCGACGCGCAUAUGCCCGUGACUGAGGAUGAGCGUGCCGCAUCCUAG